AAAAAAGGUAAGACUGUUCACAGCUAAAAUGCAUAUAAACAGUUAAAAACAAAACAUGCAAAACAUGGCAGUGUGACUCAUGAAACCAUGUGUAUAACUACAUUUCUCUGAGGUAUAUGCUAAAAUAUAAUAUCUGUAAAGAGAACACAGAGCUGAUCUUAAUGCUUAAUACAGUUACAGGCAACAACGGAAAAAGGGGAGGAGCUGACAGUUUCUGGUGGAAAUGGUAACCGCCAACUGUCAAGAGCAACAGAACGAAACUUUUACAUCAAUAAAUGCCAGGAGAAAAUAACUUUCAGACUGAACAAAAAUGAAUUUGAAGAAUAAAUAAACCCAUUUUGGCAAACUUUAUCUGUAAUAUCAAUAAAAUGAAACAUUUAUGAUGACUAAACCAGACAUUUUCACCAACCCUAACCAAAAAUUAAUUCAUACCCCACCUCUAAACCUGACCCCUGACCUUAUACAAGGGGGUCCAUGGCACUGCAUUAGAACCGGACUUUGGCCCCAUAAGGGCCACUGGUCUAUGCCAGAAAUGGUCCUAAAUAGGACACACACACGCACACAGUUCCAGUUUUAUUUUUUCUUGCUGUGGAAAAACUGCAUCAUAAUGACUCAAUUCUUAAACCUACCAAAUAAAAAGAAAAACCCAGAGGGUAACAUGGUUUGUUUCUGUUUUGAUAUGAUGCGCUCUUCUUUCACUUUCACCAGUCAGGUAUUGUAAAAAAUAAUCUGGAUUUCCCCCGGUUCUGAAAUACAGCCCAUUUGUUGCCACAGAAUAUAAAAGGGACUUGUCUCUGCAGUUAGCAGAACGAAUCCUUGAGGUUUUACUGAAACGUCUGCACACUCUGAGAAGCUUCUGCAACAAUGAAGAUGCUUUUAGCAGGAAUUGUUCUAAUUUUCAUCGCUGGAUCUGAAGCUCAUUGGUACAAUUUUCCUGGUGAAGCUGCUCAAGGAGCUGUUGAUAUGUGGAGAGCCUAUCAUGACAUGAAAGAAUCCAACUGGAAGAACGGUGAUAAAUACUUUCAUGCCAGAGGAAACUAUGAAGCUGCGCAGAGAGGACCAGGAGGCGUGUGGGUUGCAGAGGUCAUCAGUGAUCUCAGAGAGUUGGUGCAGGGAAUGUCGGGUCAGGGUCCUGAAGACGAAGCUGCUGAUCAGGCAGCAAAUCACUGGGGACGAAGCGGAGGAGAUCCAAACCGCUACAGGCCAAAGGGACUUCCAGAGAAAUACUGAGAAAUUUAAAAAACUCCUGUUAAAACAUUACAGUGUUGAAGCCUAAAUGAUCUCAGUUGCAAUGUGUGGCAAAUUAAAAAAGGUA